AGACGUCGUGUAGCGUCGCAUCGGUUUGUUUUCUUUUUUUACUGGCACCCGAACCAUUGCGGACGAUUUUCCGAAGCAAUGUAACGCUUCGUAACGCGUUCGCCGCAUACUGCAUCGGUCGGACAUGGCUACCGCAUCACAAACAGAACCAGUUCGGAGUGUUAUUUUGGAAUUGAAGUGCACAAAAUAGUGUUGGAAUGUUUUACAUUAAUUGUGAAAUGUUUAAUCAAAAUGUUUAAUGCAACAUAUGGUGAUAGACACUAAUGGAUGCGAAACAGUUUGAAGGCCAAAUACGCCGCCACUGCAUCCAAACCGAUUUGCUGCAGUUUUGCGUUGAUGCGUCUUUUUCCAGCGAUGCGCAUUACGGCCAACGUGUUGCAGUGAUGACGGAUUCAAUUUACCUUCGGCAUUCAUUCGAAGGCAGUCACACUACAAUCAGUCUACUAAUGUGUCACACAAAACCACGAUUUAGCACACCAACUGCAGUUCAAGUGCAGCGCACGAUCAACAACAGCUGAUUCCCGUGUCGUCAUCACAAAAACAUUCACUUACAGUGUUUUUUCCCUCGAGUAAAGAGCACAUGUUGCGGGCACAGGCAGAAUGGAAAACUGAACAAAAAAAAAAAAGCUGAGAGCGAGACCAAAUCCCACUUUGCGUACGUUCACACAGAGAAACGAAAAAAAAUAGACGAACGCAACCCGGUGUGCCGUUUUUCGGGUACGGUUUCGCUUAUUUUUAGCCCCAUUCCGACCGCAGAACACUUCGAGCGGUCGUCCUGAGCGGUUCCCGCGCUGAGCGUUUGUCUGCCGCGCCAAGUGACGUUAGUGGGAGAGAAUUUUCUAUCCGAAAUUGAGACAUCGGUCGUCUCAACGUUUGCCCAAUUGUUCGAUAAUUGGGUGGAAAAGUGGUCGCGAUAAUUAAUACCCACGGCUUUGUUUGGUAGGGGCGAGCAUAUAAAAUGUCCAACGUUUGGUUGCAAAACUCGGUCAAAUUACUGGUGCAGUGAGGUGUGAAAAUUUGGGGAAGAAAUCCCUAACCGUACGUGAGAGCGUGUGCGUGUGAGUGUGGAAAAUUAUUUUUACCCCACAGUCCCCAGUCCGUGUCCGUGUCGCGGUGGAAGCCAAUAACCGUUUUGGGGGAAGAAAAAAACACACACACGCACCCAGUGAGCAGUGAGUGGUGAGUGAAAUAAAAUCGUUUGAACGGACGGUGAAACAUGGAUGCGUCUAGCAGUGGGAGUGCGGUGCCGGUGGUGGCCCGCAGGCGUCGCCGGGCGGCCAGACAGCUGCGUGAAUCGACGCCCGAUCCGGCCCGCGACGGAAGCGUCGGCAGCCAGUCGAACUCGUGCGACGAUCAGAGCGGAUCCGAGUCCCGCGGCCGCAGCACCGUGGAAAGCAGUCCAUCCUCCUCGAAGAAGAGUUUGAUCGAGCGGGCGAUCGAUUAUGGAAACUCGCAUCGGAAUAAAAUUCUCGCCCGCAAGGAGAAGAAGCUGUCCAGCGCGGUCGCACCGAGGAGUCGAUCGGUGCCGCGCGACGAGGGCGAUGUACCGAGCAGUCCGGAAAUAUUCUCACUACUAAGGCGGGCCAAGCGAAGUCUGUCCGGUGCACGCAAACCCAAAACGGACGACUCGAGCGAUGGUGGCCGCAUCUCCGACACGGAGGUACGCAAGCGGCGCGAACGCAUCGAACGCUUCCAGACCGAACGAUCGCGCGAAAGCUCGGAAGGCAAAGCGGCCAACCCACUGCAAGCCAAUCUGCAGCGCUUCAACGAAGAGCGGCGCAAAUUCGAGCUGGAAAAGUUAAAGUUCUUGCAGGAGAAGCGUGAGCUCGAUCGGAUGCGACUGCGACGGUUCGAGAAGUAUCGGGAGGAAAUGCUGGAAGAGCAAAGCCGCAAGCUGAAGGCAAAGCUGCAGGAAGAGCGUGCCAAGAGCAUCGAAGCUACUCCGAUGCCUCCGCUGGCACCAUCCGUUGCUCAUCGAGCUCGUACUCCAACACGUCCAACGGACAGCCUGUCGCCAACCGUUGCGAAGAAGAAGAUACUGAUCGUACCGAAGGCACGCUCAUCUAGCCGAUCGGCCUCGACAAGCGAAGAUGAGGGUCGUUUGUCGUCCGAUGAGGAGAAGAAGCAGACAGUUAGGCGUCGCUUUUCGCCGCGGAAGCCGAAGAGGACGCGUUCUUCCAAGCUGGAGUCGAUGGCGAGACGCACCCAUCCGCGGACGGAUGGGAUCACUUCGCCCGAAUCGGAGCUACCGUCAGACUAUCAACCGGAAGAACCGGAGCCGGUGGUUCGGAAUGAUGCUCCGGAGGAGGCAAAACCGGAUCCGGAAAUGGUGCUCACACACCGACGAGUAGCUGGACAGGAGGGUGCAAAAGAGGAGCAGCAGUUGCUUGUGGAGGAACCGAAGAAGCAAACGCUUGAGGAGGAACCAAAACCUCAAGAAGAAAAGGAAACGAAUGAGAAGGAUAUUGAAGCAGUCAAAGAGCUUACCCCUCAAGAAGACGGGCUUAAGAUACGACAGCGACGCAGGCCACUCGUGCUGUACGUUGAGCAGCCCGGGGAGAUCUUCAGCUGGCGACAGAUCACGCAAGAGUGGUACGACAUGUGGCAGGAUUUCCUGGACGAUCACCCGGAGGAGCUCGUCCGGAUGAAGGUGCAGGUGAACCACUGCCUGUUUUACUUCGCAGUGAUGGUAUUGCUGUGUGGCGUAGGUGGCAUUGCGUUCCGGCUGACCGAGGGUACGUUCGAGUCGCAGUACAAGUGUGGCGUGAAGCGCGUCAAGCGCGAGUUCAUCGAUCAGCUUUGGCUUUCCAGUCACAAUCAGAGGGAAGAGGACUGGAAGCUAUCGGCACGCAACCGGUUGCGCAAGUUUGAGGAGGAGCUGCAGAUCGCGUUCGAGGCGGGAAUGAAAACGUACAGCGGCAACACGGCCUGGAACUUUGUGAACGGCGUCAUCUACUCGCUUACGGUGGUGUCAACGAUUGGAUAUGGACAUAUUUCACCGUCUACGACGACCGGCCGGGCGCUGACGAUUCUGUACGCGAUCAUCGGCAUACCGAUCUUUCUGAUCGUGUUGGCCGACUUUGGCAAGCUCUUCACGAGAGGUAUCAAGUUCAUGUGGGCCUACGUGCGACGGUUGUACUAUACGGGCUCGGUUAAAAAGGUUCGCAAGACUGCACAAGUCCAGGAGGUAAUGAAGGGCCUCAAUGUCGUCUACGAUAUGGUCAGGCGACCGAGUGCCGAUAACGAACUGCAGGGAGCAACAACCACGACAACCGUGGCCGCCCAACAACCCCAACAAUCCACACCGCCCCCACCCGUCCAAAGACCUCCGUCGGAAGCUCCAACGGCAGCCGCUUCCGGUACCGGCAUCGAAGCCAUCCCCGUGCCGGACACCCCAACUACCCCGGUGCCCGAAACGUUCGAAAUCGACGACGAGUUCAAUCUGCCCAUCUCGGUCGCGAUCGUCAUACUGGUCGCGUACAUGCUGUUCGGGGCCCAGAUCUACUGCACGUGGGAAAACUGGAGCUUCUUCGAGGCGUUUUACUUUGUGUUCAUCUCGAUCUCCACGAUCGGGUUCGGCGAUUACGUGCCCCAGCACCCGAUCUACAUGAUGUGCAGCAUACUGUAUCUGAUCUUCGGCCUGGCCCUUACCUCCAUGUGCAUCAACGUGGUGCAGCUGAAGCUGAGCGACAGCUUCCGGCAGGCCAGUGCAAAGAUCGGCGCAACGAUUGGGCUGCAGAUGGCGGAAGCGGCCUCCCAGCAUCAGCACUCACCGGUACACACACCGAUCGAGCUGGCCGCAGUACACACCUCCACACCUACCAGUGCGGUGAACGUGAGCCUGAAGGACACACCGACCUUACCGGCCCGACCGUCCAGCUCCGUACCAAAGCCAGACAAGAAGGAGUAGUGUGGGAGAGCGGGUUAUCUGUUACAUGAAAACAGUACGCACAAGUACAAUGCACCAAGAAAUGGCACGGGAUGAGGAUCGAAGCGCAGAGGAGGGGGAGCGGGUAUGAUCGACGGAAACGCUCUUAUUUAUAUUAGCUAGGACUAUAUAAACAAAUAAAAAAGAAAAGAAAACUGCAUUAUUAAGUCAAACGGACGCGGGACCGAUACGGGAACCUGCCGCGCAGUGAAGAUUGUUAUUUAAUGUUAAGCUUAAGGACGAACGUUAACAAGACGGACAUUGUGUGCCCGGGUUUUUUUUUGGGGAUGUAGAGGGUUGGGGUUGAAUUUGAAAAGCGAAAGCCAAACAAAGAAGCAAAAAAAAAAAAUAAUAAAAGAUAAAAGAUAUACGCUACAAGCAAGGGGAGCUUCCAGCUUUGCUAGUUAAGCGCGUGUUUUAAUUGCUCGGAAUGAUCGAAAUAAAUGCUACUCCAUAUUUUGAAAAUUACAAUAGCAAAAGGGUUUUUGAAAGUAAGAAUAGAUGAUUUUUAACUCGAAAUAAAACAUUUGCAGGGUGUGUCUUGUA